AUGUUCGAUAGCGAGUCUGCAUAUGAUUUUGAACCUAAUGCAUUCGACGGUGAGUCCUCGGACGAUCAACGGGACUCCAGCAAUGUGGCAUUGAGUUUCGAGAGUGUCGAUAGUGAAGAUGCCAAAGUAAAAGUUGUCGGCAAAAAGAUUAAGGGCCCACCACCUUUUGGUAGGGGAAAAGUUCUGCAGCCGAACCAGACGGUUCCGUUGGAUGUGGUGCCAUGCGGCGACGCUUAUGCCAGCACGAGCCAGUACUAUGAGUUUCUGAUGGGGGAUACACGGUUGCCUGAUCGGCAUGCUAGCUACCAUUCUGAGACCUCUACUUCCGGUCGAGGCGAGGUCCCAGUCGAAUAUUCAUCUCAUCCGACAGUGACAGUGGUUCUUCAAGGGAACCCUAGGGUACCGUUAGGCCAACCCAAAAGGCUUUUGUUCGGUGUAGAUUAUUUAGGUCUGAAUCUUGCCACCGAGGCCGAGUUGGCCAAAUAUCGUGCAGAUUAUCUUAUCCCGGAUUCGGUCAAGUGGAGGAUCUCGGGACCUACCGAAUCCUUAAGCAACCCCAAGGAUGGUGAGGUUGUCUUUUUUACGAACGUUCUGAAGCAAGGCGUCCGUCUGCCUCUACAGCCUGCCGUUCAGAGGAUCCUUGCCCACCUAGGCUACGCCCCGGGUCAAUACAACCCCAACUUUUGGGUAGCUUUGAUGGGGGUCAUCAUCGCCUUCGGCCUUGCCGAGGAAGGGGAGCCUUCGUACAAGCAGCUUUCGUACUCGUACAGUGUUACGAAAUCCAAGAGCGCCGAUCAUGGGGGUUGGGUCUAG